AUGGCUUCACACCGUGAAUCCAGCAGUGACUGCUCCCAAAUCAUCGAUCAUGACCAUGUCCCUGAAUUUGAGGUGGCCACCUGGAUCAAAAUCACCCUCUUCCUGGUGUACCUGAUCAUCUUUGUGAUGGGCAUCCUGGGGAACAGCAUCACCAUCCGGGUUACCCAGCUGCUGCAGAAGAAAGGCUACCUGCAGAAGGAGGUGACCGAUCACAUGGUGAGCCUGGCAUGCUCCGACAUUUUGGUUUUCCUCAUUGGGAUGCCGAUGGAGUUCUACAGCAUUAUCUGGAACCCUCUGACCACCCCCAGCUACGCCCUGUCCUGUAAGCUUCACACUUUCCUCUUCGAGGCCUGCAGCUACGCCACGCUGCUCCACGUGUUGACGCUUAGCUUUGAGCGCUAUAUUGCUAUCUGCCACCCCUUCAGGUAUAAGGCCAUGUCAGGACCCUGCCAGGUGAAACUGCUGAUUGCCUUCGUCUGGGUCACCUCUGCCCUGGUGGCAUUGCCGUUGCCUUUUGCCAUGGGUAUUGAGUACCCCCUGGUGCAUGAGCCUACUCACCCGGAGUUUACUUGCAACCGCUCGCGUAGCCACCACCAGGAGCACCCUGAGGCUUCCAACAUGUCCAUCUGUACCAAUCUUUCCAACCACUGGACGUUGUUCCAGUCCAGCAUCUUUGGUGCAUUUGUCCUCUACCUCUUGGUCCUGCUCUCUGUGGCCUUCAUGUGCUGGAACAUGAUGCAGGUGAUCAUGAGGAGCAAGCAGGGCACAAUGGCCGGGACCGGGCAGCAGGUGCAGCUGAGAAAGUCUGAGAGCGAGGAGAACCGGACUGCCAGGAGGCAGACCAUCAUCUUCCUGAGGCUGAUUGUCGUGACAUUAGCCGUAUGCUGGAUGCCAAACCAGAUUCGUAGGAUCAUGGCUGCAGCCAAGCCCAAGUACGACUGGACCAAGUCCUACUUCCGGGCAUACAUGAUCCUGCUACCCUUCUCCAACACCUUCUUCUACCUCAGCUCCGUGGUAAACCCGCUCCUGUACAACGUGUCCUCGCUGCAGUUCCGCAGGGUGUUUGGGCAGGUGCUGCGCUGCCACCUGAAGCUGCCCCACGCCAACCAGGAGAAACGCCUACGCGCCCAGGGCAGCUGCAGCACCGACAGUGCACGCUCGGCCCGCAGCCCGCUCAUCUUCUUCACUUCCCAGCGCAAUUCCUCUGUAAGGAGAACUAACAAGGUUUUCUUGAGUACUUUUCAGAGCCAGGCCAUGCCCAAGACUAAGCUCCAGCCACUGAGUCAGGAGUCAGCACAGCCCAACUCAGAGAUGAAGCCAGUCAACUCUGCCACAGAGAAGGGUUUUCAGGAGCACGAGGUAUGAAGAUUAAGAGAGGAAGCUCUGAGUGGGACCUGGCCCUCUCUA